AUGGUCGACCUAAUUACCCCCCCAGAGACACGCUCAUUACUCCCUCCUCUCCUCGCAUGCCUCCCGCUAGCCUUCGUGUCCCCGCGUGCGCCUCCAGCACUUCUCCCGCUCCUCUCUCCGGUUCUGCGCCAACGAGUCAACGUCCUGAGCUCACUGUCUACUUCUUCCACCGACUCAUGGCUGCAACUUCUCUGCUGGGAUGUGGGCAAAGCGGAGCGCCUGCGUAUGAUUAUUGACGGCGCUACUUUUGAACCGCACCCCGUAUCGGGCGAGAUCGAGCUGCCCGAUGAGUUGCCCGUGACAUACAAACGGAUCGAUUAUGAGACUCUUCAGGCCCAGGUCUCUUUGCCAGAAUACAGCAUUACUGUGUUCUACCUUUGGUGCCCAACAGACGAAGAGGGAGGUGGCCCCGGCUGGCGGGUUGCGGAGCUUCUGCCACAGGAAGGACCUGCUGAUAAGGAGGAUACCUGGGCCUCAUCCAUUGGAGAGGCUGAUUCUCUGACUCAAACAAAUGGUGUGAAUGGGGCUACUGGACAGGAAAAUCUCAAGGAUAAUGGCCACCAGGAGGAAGAAGACGACGACGACGAUUAUUGGGCUCAGUAUGAUGCUACGCCUGGAUCCAAGACCCCAGCACCAGCGGCUGGCUCUUCAUCAUUGGGACCGUCAGGUCUGUCCGAACAAACGUAUUUCUCUCAAUACGGCGACGUGCAGCCCGCCUUGGAUAGCCAUGACCCCACGGAAGAACAGACCGAGGUGGGUCCGUCUUCUCUCAAUGGCGAUAUGCUGGCCAGCCUGCUUCGUCGCCAGGUUGACGGGCCUGAUGAUUCGAAUGCACCACGUACAAAUGGGUACGUUGCUGCUGAUAUUCCAACUGAUCAGGCUGCCCAAGCCCUGAACCACCCUCGCCCGUCAUCUAUUUCCUCUGGUAGCUCGGUUGCCAGACUGGAACAAGAAGCCGAGAACCGGUCUACGUGUGAGGUUGGAGUGAAGCAGCAUAUUGGCACCAGUAUCAAGAGCUUGUUUCGCCUGGCCAAGGCCACGGGAAUGCCCCGUGCCGAAUUCCAGGCCCUGGUGUCGACCGAGCUGGAGUUGUUGAAUGUUUCGGAUGAUGAUUGA